AGGCUCUGCAAAAUAUAUGCAAGCAUGAUUAAUUAAUCCCCAGGAGCUUCCACAUGCUGCAAAAUAUGUAUUUUCUUCGGGGUCUUCUUGAGCUGUGCAUUCUUUUUUAAUUUGGCGGAAAAAGGGUAGAAGGGUUUUAUUACACCAGUGGGCAAUGUGUUUCAGUUCCGGUUUGUGCUAAAUAUUUGUUGGCGCUUCAGUGAUUUACUGCAGACAACUUUCUUGCACAACUACCAUAUGCUGCUAUAGAAAGAGCAGAUACAUGGAUCUUGAGGCCCUUGAGCGUAUACUUGAUGGAAGAGAGAAGCCGACAAAUCUAUCAUUCGAGCUUUUGAAGAGUAUCACAGAAAAUUUCUCAGAUGAUCGAGAAAUUGGCCAUGGUGGAUUCGCAACGGUUUAUAAAGGAUUGCUCCCAAAUGGGAAUGUUGCUGUAAAGAGGAUAAGGAACGGCUAUACCAUCAAUGAGACCUUUUUUUAUCGAGAAGUUGACAGCCUGUUGAACACUGAACAUAAAAAUGUCGUACGGUUUCUUGGCUUUUGUGCUAGCACAGACAAGAUAGCCAUACCAACCGGAGGAUCGAAAGAACAUAUUUACGCUGAGGUACGAGAAAGAUUACUCUGUUUUGAGUAUAUCAGCAACGGAAGCCUGAAAAAAUAUAUUACUGAUGAAUUAAGGGGACUUGAAUGGAAUACACGUUAUAAAAUAAUUAAAGGCAUCUGCGAAGGUUUGCAUCAUCUGCACAAGGAAAAGCAGAUAUUUCAUAUGGAUCUGAAACCCGACAAUAUACUACUAGACAACGAUAUGGCGCCGAAAAUCACAGAUUUUGGUUUAUCAAGACUUGAUGAGAAGUCAAAAACUAUGAGUGAAGAACGUCAUGGAUCACUAGGAUAUUGUGCUCCUGAAUACCUACAUCAGGGGAAAAUGUCAUUCAAAUCAGACAUGUACAGUUUGGGUGUCAUAAUUAUGGAACUAGUGACUGGACAAAAGGCGAUCCCUAAUAAUAAUAACAAUGUACUUAGGAGAUGGAGGCACAGAUGGAAGAAAACUGGGAAUGAAACACCAUUGGUUUACCAACAAGUAGCAAAAUGCCUCCAAAUUGGGUUACUCUGCCAGGAAGUUGACCCAUCCAAACGGCCGUAUAUAUGGGAUAUGAUACAUGUUAUAAGAGAAAUUGAAGGUGCUAAUGAAAAGAUCAGCAAUGCCUAUGAACAUACAUUUGGACAGAUAAGCCCUUACUCGGAAGAUGAUAUGCUUGGAAUUGAGCCACUCCAACUACAUUUUCCUUUUGAGCUUAACAAACAGAUGUCAUGCGCACUUCAGCUAACCAAUGAGACGGGUUCUUACAUUGCCUUCAACAUAAAAAAUACAAGCCCCCUGGCAUACUGCAUACAGCCGCAGAAAGGCAUUAUGCCGCCAAGAUCCAUGUGUAGUGUUGAGAUAACAAUGCAGCUGCAGGGCAAGACACCGGGAUAUAUGCAUCGUGCCAGUGAACUUAUUGUAUGGAGCACCAAAGUGAAUGAUUGCCUUGCAGUUGAGGAUAUAACUACAAACUGGUUCAUUAAUGAGGCGGUCAAUGUGGUUGAUGACGUGAAUUUGGAUGUGGUUUUUGACGUCUGUGAGCCACAAGAAGCAAGUAAAGAAACCAGUGUGGUGAGUUGUCUAAGAACACUAACUUGCAAAGCUUUGUCUAUUCAAUUAGUGUCCAGUGCAAAUGAUCUUUGAUUGUAGGAGUGCCAAAUUGAUAGAUGUUCA